UUGAGCUCGUGAAAACGAACCUUUACUAUAGAGUAUAUAGAGUUGACUACUUAGGGUAUACUGACAUUAAUAACAAAAACCACACUAAAAUUCAAGACAGCGCUCAUGAAACUUUCAUAAUGAUUUUUUAUUUGAGACGAAUUCAAUACACUUUCAUGGCUAUUUUGGCCUUAUAUGGAGGUUCUUCAACACUGCCACCAGUCAUACGUAUCGGUGCUAUAUCUUCCGGCAAGCACAAUGGCCCAACCGACCUGGCAUUCAAGUACGCGAUUAAUAGCAUUAAUCAGGAUAAAAGUUUGCUGCCGGAGACGAAACUUACGUUUGAUUUGCAGCAUGUGGCCAAAGAUGACUCAUUUCAUGCCUGUCAAAAAGUUUGCGCACAAAUCAAGUCAGGCAUACAAGCCGUUUUUGGGCCAUUUGACGCUGCAUUUGGCUCACAUAUCCACUCUAUUUGCGAUGCUCUUGAUAUACCACAUUUGGAAACGCGAAUUAAUGCCGAUAUUGCAAAUACAGAAUUUUCUAUAAACUUACAUCCAGCGCAGAGUUACUUAAAUACAGCUUUCGAGGAUGUCAUUCGCUACUUAAAUUGGACCAGAGCGGGAAUACUUUUUGAAAAAGAUUACGGUAUGUUGGUAUGA